AUGCACUGCCCCCGCGAUGACCCAGGCAAGCCGGCCAAGCCGGUUGUGUGUGAGAUAACAAAAACACACGGCUCGGAACAUCUAAGUGGGCCGCGUCUUGGAGCGCGGCCCACUCCCCUGCGCGAUCCAGGGGCCCACAACUUCAACCCAGGCGCAGGUUGGAGCUCGCUGCCCGGACAGCUGCCCGAUCCUUUUCCCUAUCGAGCUGAACUCGACUUGCCUGUCCCGCAGCGGCGAAACAGCUCUCCAACUCCCACCAAAAAGGAGCACCGUGGACCAUCGCGCCUCAAGCCACCUCUGGGCUUCCCGGGACCGAUCCCCGCUCCCUGCUCCCGUGUGUGGGAAAGACUGGAGUGUGUGCGCGCCCGCUCUCCGUGCGUGAGAAAGACUGGAGUGUUUGACCGCCUGACCCAAACGGGUAGAAAGCAUCUUCACCUCUGGGACUUGGCAGUAACACCUCGACUUCAUCAUCUUCACCUUGACUUCAUCAUCUUCAUCAUCUUCACCUCGACUUCAUCAUCUUCAGUAUCUUCACCUCGACUUCAUCAUCUUCAGUAUCUUCACCUCGACUUCAUCAUCUUCACCUCGACUUCAUCAUCUUCAGUAUCUUCACCUCGACUUCAUCAUCUUCAGGAUCUUCACCUCGACUUCAUCAUCUUCACCUCGACUUCAUCAUCUUCUGUAUCUUCACCUCGACUUCAUCAUCUUCAUCAUCUUAGCCUCGACUUCAUCAUCUUCACCUUGACUUCAUCAUCUUCAUCAUCUUCACCUCGACUUCAUCAUCUUCAGUAUCUUCACCUCGACUUCAUCAUCUUCAGUAUCUUCACCUCGACUUCAUCAUCUUCACCUCGACUUCAUCAUCUUCAGUAUCUUCACCUCGACUUCAUCAUCUUCAGUAUCUUCACCUCGACUUCAUCAUCUUCACCUCGACUUCAUCAUCUUCAGUAUCUUCACCUCGACUUCAUCAUCUUCAUCAUCUUAGCCUCGACUUCAUCAUCUUCACCUUGA